CUAAAACCACUCUGUGUGGGGAAGAUGAGAGCCAGAGCAAAGGUCAGAGGUUACAUCAGAGACUCAAACCAGAACCAGAACCAGAACCAGAACCCAGCUGUGUGUCCUUUAAGAGUGACAUGUCAAAGGAUGAUUUCAUUGACUUUAAAUCUUCUGGAUCUCCACCAUCAGAGAGGAUCCAUCAGAGACUCAAACCAGAACCAGAACCCAGCUGUGUGUCCUUUAAGAGCGACAGGUCAAAGGAAGAUUUCAUUGACUUUAAAUCUCCUGGAUCUCCACCAUCAGAGAGAGUGGACCAGCAGAGCUCAGAGUUUGCCAGUGGUCCGUCUGCCCAGCAACAUCAAACAAAGCUGGAUUCCAUAUUUAUGCUACUGGAGAACAACAUUGUCACUUUUGUGAAGAACGAGCUGAAGAAAAUCCAGAAGGUUCUGAAUCCAGAUUACCCAGAAUGCUCAGAGAGUCAGAGAGAAGAUGAUGAGGUGUUGGAAGGUGAUGAUGAAGAACAGACAAGGAUCAGCAGAGAGGCAGUGAUGAAGAUCACACUGAACUUCCUGAGGAGGAUGAAGAAGGAGGAGCUGGCUGACUGUCUGCAGAUCAAACAUCUUGCUGCAGUUUGUCACCAUCAACUUAAAUCUGCUCUGAAGAAGAAAUUCCAGUCUGUGUUUGAGGGGAUUGCUAAAGCAGGAAGUCCAACCCUUCUGAACCAGAUCUACACAGAACUCUACAUCACAGAGGGAGGGACUGGAGGGGUCAAUGAUGAACAUGAAUUCAGACAGAUUGAAACAGCAUCCAGGAAAACACACAGACCAGAAACAACAAUCAGACAAGAAGACAUCUUUAAAGUCCCACCUGGAAGAGAUCAACCAAUCAGAACAGUGAUGACAAAGGGAGUGGCUGGCAUUGGGAAAACAGUCUUAACACAGAAGUUCACUCUGGACUGGGCUGAAGGCAAAGCCCACCAGAACAUCCAGUUCAUAUUUCCAUUCACUUUCAGAGAGCUGAAUGUGCUGAAAGAGAAAAAGUUCAGUUUGGUGGAACUUGUUCAUCAUUUCUUUAGUGAAACCAAAGAAAUCUGCAGUUUUGAACACUUCCAAGUUCUUUUCAUCUUUGAUGGCCUGGAUGAGAGUCGACUUCCUCUGGACUUCCACAACAAGGAGAUCCUGACUGAUGCUACAGAGUCCACCUCAGUGGAUGUUCUGCUGACAAACCUCAUCAGGGGGAAACUGCUUCCCUCAGCUCUCCUCUGGAUAACCACACGACCUGCAGCAGCCAAUCAAAUCCCUCCUCAGUGUGUUGGCAUGGUGACAGAGGUCAGAGGGUUCAAUGACCCACAGAAGGAGGAGUACUUCAGGAAGAGAUUCAGGGAUGAGGAGCAGGCCAGCAGGAUCAUCUCCCACAUGAAGACAUCACGAAGCCUCCACAUCAUGUGCCACAUCCCAGUUUUCUGCUGGAUCACUGCUACAGUUCUGGAGGAUGUGUUGGAGACCAGAGAGGGAGGAGAGCUGCCCAGCACCUUGACUGAGAUGUACAUCUUCUUCCUGGUGGUUCAGACCAAAGUGAUGAAGGUCAAGUAUGAUGAAGGAGCUGAAACAGAUCCACACUGGAGCCCAGAGAGCAGGAAGAUGAUUGAGUCUCUGGGAAAACUGGCUUUUGAUCAACUGCAGAAAGGAAACCUGAUCUUCUAUGAAUCAGACCUGACAGAGUGUGGCAUCGAUAUCAGAGCAGCCUCAGUGUACUCAGGAGUGUUCACAGAGAUCUUUAAAGAGGAGAGAGGGCUGUACCAGGACAAGGUGUUCUGCUUCAUCCAUCUGAGUGUUCAGGAGUUUCUGGCUGCUCUUCAUGUUCAUCUGACUUUCAUCAACUCUGGUGUCAACCUGAUGGAAGAAAAUACACCAUCAUAUUUCUCUACAUUUAACAGAUCAAAUAUAAAUUAUCUCCAUCAGAGAGCAGUUAACCAGGCCUUACAGAGUCCAAAUGGACACCUGGACUUGUUCCUCCGGUUCCUCCUGGGAGUUUCAUUGCAGUCCAAUCAGAGACUCCUAAAAGGUCUGCUGACACAGACAGGAAAUCGUUCACAGACCAAUCAGGAAACAGUUCAAUAUAUCAAGGAGAAGAUAAGAGAGAAUGGAUUUGCAGAGAAAAGCAUCAAUCUGUUCCACUGUCUGAAUGAACUGAAUGAUCGUUCUCUAGUUGAGUCUCUGAGUUCAGGAAGUCUCUCCACAGAUAAACUGUCUCCUGCUCAGUGGUCAGCUCUGGGUUUCAUCUUAUUGUCAUCAGGAAAAGAUCUGGAUGUGUUUGACCUGAAGAAAUACUCUGCUUCAGAGGAGGUUCUUCUGAGGCUGCUGCCAGUGGUUAAAGCCUCCAACAAAGCUCUACUGAGUGACUGUAACCUCUCAGAGAGAAGCUGUGAAGCUCUGUCCUCAGUUCUCAGCUCCCAGUCCUCAAGUCUCAGAGAACUGGACCUGAGUAACAACAACCUGCAGGAUUCAGGAGUGAAGCUUCUCUCUGCUGGACUGAAAAGUAGAAACUGCAACCUGGAAACUCUCAGCUUAUCAGGCUGUUUGGUCUCAGAGGAAGGCUGUGCUUCUCUGGCCUCAGCUCUGACCUCCAACCCCUCCCAUCUGAAAGAGUUGGACCUGAGCUACAAUCAUCCAGGAGACUCAGGAGUGAAGCUGCUGUCGGCUGGACUGAAGGAUCCACACUGGAGACUGGAAGCUCUCAGACUGAGUGACUGUAACCUCUCAGAGAGAAGCUGUGAAGCUCUGUCCUCAGUUCUCAGCUCCCAGUCCUCCAGUCUCAGAGAACUGGACCUGAGUAACAACAACCUGCAGGAUUCAGGAGUGAAGCUUCUCUCUGCUGGACUGAAGAGUCCAAACUGCAACCUGGAAACUCUCAGACUGAGUGGCUGUAACCUCUCAGAGAGAAGCUGUAAAGCUCUGUCCUCAGUUCUCAGCUCCCAGUCCUCCAGACUCAGAGAACUGGACCUGAGUAACAACAACCUGCAGGAUUCAGGAGUGAAGCUUCUCUCUGCUGGACUGAAGAGACCAAACUGCAACCUGGAAACUCUCAGCUUAUCAGGCUGUUUGGUCUCAGAGAAAGGCUGUGCUUCUCUGGCCUCAGCUCUGACCUCCAACCCCUCCCAUCUGAAAGAGUUGGACCUGAGCUACAAUCAUCCAGGAGACUCAGGAGUGAAGCUGCUGUGGGCUGGACUGAAGGAUCCACACUGGAGACUGGAAGCUCUCAGGGUGGAGCCUGCUGGAGUCCCAUUCUUGACACCAGGUCUGAGGAAGUAUUCCUGUCAACUCACCAUCGACACAAACACAGUGAGCAGAGAGAUCAAACUGUCUGAAGACAACAGGAAGGUGACACAUUUGGAGGAGCUUCAGUCAUAUCCUGAUCAUCCAGACAGAUUUGAUGUUUGGCCUCAGCUGCUGUGUAGAACUGGUCUGACUGGUCGCUGUUACUGGGAGGUUGAGUGGAGAGGAAGAGUUGAUAUAUCAGUGAGUUACAGAAGAAUCAGGAGGAAAGGAGACUGUAGAGAUUGUGUGUUUGGAUGGAAUGAUCAUUCCUGGAGUCUGAUCUGCUGUGAUGUUGACGGUUACUCUGUCAGGCACAAUGAAAGAGUAACUCGUCUCUCCUCCUCCUCUGUCUCUAACAGAGUAGCAGUGUAUGUGGACUGUCCUGCUGGCAUUCUGUCCUUCUACAGAGUUUCCUCUGACUCACUGAUCCUCCUCCACACCUUCGACACCACAUUCACUGAACCUCUGAUUCCUGGAUUCUGGUUCAGCUCUGUUUCUUCAGUGUUUCUGUGCUGAGUUGAGUCUAAAGAGUCUAAAGAUUUUCCUCCUGUCAGAGAAACUUUCUCACUGUUGAACAGAUAGUUCAGUCUCUACAAUCUAUUUCUUGGUGAAACAAUUCUGAUUGAAUCCUUGGAAA